UUUAGAGAAGGAAGCAUUGUCCUGAGGACACCUUUCACUGGAUUUGAAGUUCUAUCGUCCGCCUACCGACAGGAAAUCACCGAAAGAAGUAUUUCGGGUUGCGUUGAAGUAUCGCACAAACAGGGAGAGAAAUUUGAGAUUGACAUCUCUAUUUCUGCAAUGGCUGGGCACUUGACUGUUCAAACACCAUUCCAAGGAUACAGACGUAUGUCAACCUCAUUUACAACUGACGUCUCUUCUGAUAAUGCUUCAACUCAAUUUGAACUUUCUUAUAAUCCUGGCGAGAAAUUUGAAGCUGAUGUUUCCUUGUCUUUGAGAGAAUGUCAUCUCAUUGUCAAGACUCCAAUCACCGGCUACGAAACCUUCUCUGCAGCAUACACUGUCAGUGUGCGUAAAACGAAUUUUGUUUUUCAUGCUGAAGCGAUAGCUCCGAGCAGUGACAAAAUCGAAUUAGAUGUCAACGUCAGAUUUGGUAAUCGUAUACAAGCUAAUGUUGUAGUGAAGACCCCCUUUACUGGAUAUGAACAAAUUGGAAUGACCGUCUCUCAUGUCAUGCAAAAUGGAAACCUUCAAUGUUCUGCUUCGAUUGAUUAUGGCAAGGAAAUUUCAGUUGCCUCCACAAUGACAACACAAGGAGAUAUAUCAUAUUCCCUAACUGUGAAGACACCAUUCAAUGGAUUCAAAUUGUCUAAAUUCAACUUUGCUUUAAGCAAGAACGACAGAAGUCUGAACAGCCGAUCCUCAAUUGCAGUGGGUGGUCAAAAGGGAGAAUAUGACCUUUCAGUCAGCUACAAUCCUUCUAUUGACGCCAGUUUUGUCAUAAAAACACCUUUUAGUGGCUUCCAGAUGACGUCGGCAGCAUUUCAACAUGUAAGUUCUGUUGAAAACCAACAAAUGCACGCACAGAUCACA